AGCUUCAGCGUGGAGAUACAUCUCCAACUCUCUGAUGUACCAAUGCAGGGGAUAUUUGCCAGGCACACAGAGAGACAGCUGCACUGCUACAGCGGGAAGGGAAUGUGAACUCAAAUAGAGAAUGAACCGGAUUGCCACUAUUGUCUUUCUGGUGCAGCUGUUGCAAAAAGCAGAGGGGCAGGUCUUCCCAGGUGGUUGUUCCUUUGAUGAACACUACAGUAACUGUGGUUAUAGCGUGGCACUGGGGACCAAUGGAUUUACCUGGGAGCAGCUCAACACCUGGGAAAAGCCAACGAUGGAUCCUGCUGUCCCGACUGGUUCCUUCAUGAUGGUGAAUAGCUCUGGACGGGCAUCUGGGCAGAAAGCUCACUUGCUGUUGCCCACCUUGAAGGAAAAUGACACUCACUGCAUCGACUUUCACUACUACCUGUCUAGCAGAGACCGCUCCAGCCCUGGCUCGUUGAAUGUCUACGUGAAGGUUAACGGUGGACCACAGGGCAACCCCAUCUGGAAUGUGUCGGGGAUUGUUACUGAAGGUUGGGUGAAGGCAGAGCUUGCCAUCAGUACAUUCUGGCCACACUUUUAUCAGGUGAUCUUUGAAUCCGUGUCUUUGAAGGGACAUCCGGGGUACAUAGCUGUGGAUGAAGUCAGAGUCCUUGCCCAUCCAUGCAGAAAAGCGCCUCACUUCCUGCGGCUGCAGAAUGUGGAGGUCAAUGUGGGACAGAAUGCAACAUUCCAGUGCAUCGCUGGGGGGAAGUGGUCUCAGCACGACAAACUCUGGCUCCAGCAGUGGAAUGGAAGGGACACCGCGUUAAUGGUCACCAGGGUGGUCAACCACAGACGGUUUUCUGCUACAGUCAGCGUAGCAGACACGUCUCAGCGCAGCAUCAGCAAAUACCGGUGUGUCAUUCGCUCAGAUGGUGGCUCUGGCGUUUCAAACUAUGCAGAAUUAAUUGUGAAAGAACCUCCCACGCCCAUUGCGCCCCCUGAACUGCUGGCUGUCGGCGCCACCUAUCUGUGGAUCAAACCCAACGCCAAUUCUAUCAUCGGAGAUGGGCCUAUAAUACUGAAGGAGGUGGAGUACCGUACAACCACUGGGAACUGGGCAGAAACACACAUCGUAGACUCCCCAAAUUACAAACUGUGGCACCUGGACCCUGAUGUGGAGUAUGAGAUCAGAGUGCUCCUCACCCGUCCUGGUGAAGGGGGCACAGGGCCCCCUGGGCCUCCACUCACAACAAGAACAAAAUGUGCAGAUCCAGUCCAUGGACCGCAGAGUAUGGAAGUUGUUGACAUCCGCUCCCGGCAGCUGACCUUGCAAUGGGAGCCCUUUGGUUACGCAGUGACCCGUUGCCACAGCUACAACCUGACAGUCCAGUACCAGUACGUGUUUAACCAGCAGAAGUACGAGGCAGAGGAACUCAUCCAGACAUCCUCACAUUAUACCUUGCGAGGCCUUCGGCCCUUCAUGACCAUCCGGUUGAGGCUAGCACUUUCUAAUCCAGAGGGCAAAAUGGAAAGCGAGGAGCUGGUGGUACAGACUGAAGAGGAUGUUCCUGGACCUGUUCCCCUAGAAUCUAUCCAAGGAGGACCCUUUGAAGAAAAGAUCUAUGUUCAGUGGAAGCCUCCAAAUGAGACCAAUGGUAUCAUUACACUCUAUGAGAUUACAUACAAAGCUGUUGGGUCCUUGGAUCCCAGUGCUGACUUGUCCAGCCAGAGGGGAAAGAUCUUCAAACUAAGGAAUGAAACUCACCACCUCUUUGUAGGGUUAUAUCCAGGGACUACCUAUUCGUUCACCAUCAAAGCCAGCACAGUGAAGGGCUUCGGGCCUCCCAUCACAACACGGAUCGCAACUAAAAUUUCAGCACCAUCUAUGCCUGAAUACGACAUGGACUCCCCCUUGAAUGAAACGGACACUACCAUCACAGUCAUGUUGAAGCCUGCUCAGUCCCGUGGAGCACCUGUCAGUGUCUAUCAGCUUGUUGUCAAGGAAGAGAGGCUGCAGAAAGCACGGAGGGCUGCAGACAUCAUUGAGUGCUUCUCUGUUCCAGUGAGCUACAAGAAUGCUUCCAGCCUUGACUCACCCCAUUACUUUGCGGCCGAGCUGAAGCCCAUCAAUCUGCCCGUCACGCAGCCCUUUACAGUGGGCGACAACAAGACCUACAAUGGCUAUUGGAAUGCUCCACUCUCACCACUGAAAAGCUACAGCAUCUACUUCCAGGCUCUCAGCAAAGCAAACGGAGAGACCAAAAUCAACUGUGUCCGACUGGCGACAAAAGGAGCUUCCACCCAGAAUUCCAAUGCAGUGGAGCCCGAAAAGCAAGCUGACAACACAGUGAAAAUGGCUGGGGUUAUAGCUGGCCUUCUGAUGUUUGUUAUUAUCCUCUUAGGAGCAAUGCUCACCAUCAAAAGGAGAAGAAAUGCAUAUUCCUACUCCUAUUACUUGAAACUAGCGAAGAAGCAGAAGGAGACUCAAAGCAGCACUCAGAGAGAGAUGGGUCCUGUUGCUACUUCAGACAAGAACACCACCAAACUCAGUGCAGUUCACAAUGAAGAAGCUUUUUCUUCCAGCUGUCAAGAUGUUAAUGGAUUCACAUCAUCCUCUCCUUGUUCAUUUUCUGUCCAAAGCAAAACCCUUCAGAGCAAAUCUUUGUUGAAUUCCUACUACUCAGUAUCAUCAGACACUGUUCCAUCGACUGCGCUGCUAGAGAGCAGCCACGGGGAGAUGACCCAGCCAACUCUGACCAUCCAGACCCAUCCGUACAGGAGCUGUGAGCCAGUGGAAAUGUCCUACCCCAGGGGGCAGUUCCAACCAGCCAUCCGAGUGGCCGACUUGCUACAGCACAUCACCCAGAUGAAACGAGGACAAGGCUAUGGAUUUAAAGAGGAGUAUGAGGCUCUACCCGAGGGGCAGACGGCAUCUUGGGAUACGGCCAAGGAAGAUGAAAACCGCAAUAAGAAUAGAUAUGGGAACAUCAUCUCCUAUGAUCAUUCAAGAGUGAGACUGCAGCUGUUGGAUGGAGACCCUCACUCAGACUACAUAAACGCCAACUACAUAGAUGGAUACCACCGGCCUCGUCACUAUAUUGCAACUCAAGGUCCCAUGCAAGAGACGGUUAAGGAUUUCUGGAGAAUGAUUUGGCAGGAGAAUUCUGCAAGUGUUGUCAUGGUCACCAACCUGGUGGAAGUUGGCAGGGUAAAAUGUGUUAGAUACUGGCCAGAUGACACAGAGGUCUAUGGAGAUAUUAAAGUCACAUUAAUUGAGACAGAGCCAUUGGCAGAGUACGUCAUACGCACAUUUACUGUACAAAAGAAAGGCUACCAUGAGAUCCGAGAGAUUCGGCAGUUCCACUUUACCAGCUGGCCAGACCACGGGGUUCCUUGCUAUGCCACAGGCCUCUUGGGCUUUGUUCGGCAGGUGAAGUUCCUCAAUCCGCCUGAGGCGGGGCCUAUAGUUGUGCACUGCAGCGCUGGUGCUGGAAGGACAGGGUGCUUUAUUGCCAUUGACAUCAUGCUGGACAUGGCAGAGAAUGAAGGUGUCGUAGACAUAUUUAACUGUGUGCGAGAGCUACGAUCCCAGAGGGUCAAUUUGGUACAGACAGAGGAGCAGUAUGUCUUUGUACAUGAUGCCAUUCUAGAGGCAUGUCUCUGUGGCAACACAGCAAUUCCGGUUUGUGAGUUCCGAUCCAUAUAUUACAACAUCAGCAGACUGGAUCCGCAGACAAAUUCCAGCCAGAUAAAAGAUGAAUUUCAGACCCUCAACAUUGUGACGCCGCGUGUUCGGCCAGAAGACUGCAGCAUUGGCCUCUUACCAAGAAACCAUGACAAAAAUCGCUGCAUGGAUGUGCUGCCCUUGGACCGGUGCCUCCCUUUCCUUAUCUCUGUAGAUGGCGAAUCGAGCAACUACAUCAACGCUGCACUCAUGGAUAGCCACAAGCAACCUGCUGCCUUUAUUGUUACCCAGCACCCUUUACCCAACACUGUACCAGAUUUCUGGAGGCUGGUGUUUGAUUACAACUGCUCCUCCAUAGUGAUGCUGAAUGAGAUGGAUGCUGCACAGCUCUGCAUGCAGUACUGGCCAGAGAAAACGUCCUGUUGUUAUGGUCCAAUCCAGGUGGAGUUUGUUUCAGCAGACAUUGAUGACGACAUCAUCAAUAGGAUAUUCCGUAUCUGCAACAUGGCCAGGCCCCAGGAUGGAUAUCGUAUAGUACAGCAUUUGCAGUACAUUGGCUGGCCAGCAUACCGGGACACCCCUCCAUCCAAACGCUCCCUCCUGAAGGUGGUCAGACGGCUAGAGAAAUGGCAGGAGCAGUACGAUGGGAGAGAUGGACGCACUGUUGUCCACUGCCUGAAUGGUGGUGGACGCAGUGGCACCUUCUGUGCCAUCUGCAGCGUGUGUGAAAUGAUUCAGCAGCAAAAUAUCAUUGACGUGUUCCACAUAGUGAAGACGUUACGAAAUAACAAAUCCAAUAUGGUGGAGUCACUGGAACAAUAUAAAUUUGUAUAUGAGGUUGCACUGGAAUACUUGAGUUCGUUUUAGCCUAGCAGAGAUGGGGGCCUAUCGGAUUCCAGACCCCCAAGUCUGAAGAACAGUUUUUUCCCGCACUAAAAGGCAGUAAUGGGUGUGAGGAGGAUCAGGCUCUCCACACUGAAGCAAGGGUCAGAGUGUACUGACCUCAAUGCCAUUGGAAGGACGAGGUGAUCCCUGUGUUUGCUGCUGCCUGCUUUCUAUUGGAGCAUCUACCGCUUCUUAAAUAACCUAGCGUACAAAUUGGCUAAACAGGAGACGGACUGGAAGACUCUGCUUUCUAAUCCCCUCCAACCUCUUCUCUACCACUUUGGAUGUGUAUUUUUGCUCUCCUUGAUACCAAGGAAAAAAAUACUGGAAUAUUCUGUCUUUUAAACAGCUCCUUUUUCUGUUCUCAAAUCCCACCCUUUAAUUUUUGAAUUUCAUGCAUCAGCCAUUUGGAAAAAUGAGAGAACCACAGGGAACAUGUGAGACUUUUGGUUACAAUUAAUCCACCUGACCUAUUUUUUUUAAGUGAAAAUGCCAUCAACGAGAAGUUGAAAUUCUCUUCCCCUUUCCUGUUCUCCCUAGACAUAAGACUAGGUGGUGGAAUUGGGAAGCUGUUCACGGAUUCGCUGCACCAACUACUACACAAGCUUUUCCUUCCAGAUCCUGCUUGACUUCCAAGACUGUGCAUGAACUAGUUACAUCUCUCUGAUUCAUGUUAGUGUCCCAGCUGGUGAAGCAAAUCAUAAAAAAAUGGGUUUCACAGCCAUUUGAUCAAACAAACCCUCCAUCAAACCAAUUGCAUUUGGUUUGUAAAUUUGGUAAUUUUUUACCACAUUUUUCAAGGAUUUGCUGGGGUGCAGUGUCUCUUUAAAAUGAAGAGUAUAAAGUAGAUACCUGUUGAUGAUGAUAUACUAUAGAUCAUUAUUAUUUAUAUCACUGUAGCACCUAGGAGACCUAGUCAUGGACCAGGAUCCCAUUGUGCCAGGUACAGACACAGAACAGAAAGAUAAUCCCUUCCUCUGAGUUUACAGUCUAAGCGUAUGUCUCCAAUGCAGAGUUAAUCUGGGUUUUUACCUGAGUUUUAGCCCAACCCCUCUCCCCACCAUCCACACAGGAAAACCUCAGACCUGAUUAUGAAAAGGCUUUGGGUGUGGAUUAGAAUGCAGGCUCCUCUUUAACUCUGUCCAGAAUCUGAUCACUUUGCAGUGAGGAUGCAGGCUAAAUCACUCCAAUGCCCUGCCCACAAUUCCUCCCUAAGGACAGAAAGUUCUUCUGCAAUUGACUGGGAAAGAAUCUUAGAGCACCUCAGAACAAAUAAUGUGGGAUAUGCCUCCAGGCACACACGGGUGAGUGCAGGAACAGUGAGGACACUAGCAUGGAUAGGUCUUUGUAGUGGGGAUGCUCGCAGCUGGGUGCGCAGAUCCAGGUGCUGAUCACCCGGGUUAACUGUGCAUUGUAGACAUAGCAACCAUAUGAUUUUAAUUUGGGGAUUGACUAAGCUUUCUAUGCUGUCUGUUCCCAAGCUGUUGUACAAUCAGACCUAAGUGUGUGAUUAUCCAGCUCUCCAGGCCAUGAGAUUUCUAAAUGGUAACCCAUUCAGGCUGUAUGAAAGGUUAUGCACAUUAAACAGAACACUAGUUUGGGGUUUGCU